ACCGACCUUGGCAGCGUCUCACAUCUGCUCAACUGAACCCAUGGUCUACCCACGACACGAGGCUGUGGGUGGCGUGGACCCGACCCUCCCCGCCCGCGAAUUCUCUGCCUUCACGGCGGCGGGACCAAUGCGCGCAUCUUCCGCAUGCAGUGCCGCAUCUUGAGGGCCAGCCUCGGCAGGGACUUUCGUCUGAUCUUUGCCGAAGGCCCCUUCCGACGUGAACAGCGUGUACAAAAACUUUGGCCCCUUCCGCUCAUGGAUACAGACCCCCGAGUCCCAGCGUGGGCAAGGCCAAGGGAGGCUCACCAUGGCCAGCGCCGCCGAGGUGGUGGGGCUGAUUGAAGCGGCUCUCGGCGACGCCAUAGCCGCCGACGAUCUGCGUGGGGCGACCGGAGAGGUGGUGGGGCUCCUCGGGUUCAGCCAGGGUGCCAAGAUUGCCGCUAGCCUCCUUUACGCGCAGCAGCAUUGUCUCAGCACAGGUGGUGCCAUCAAUGUGGAGCACAAGUUCCGGUUCGCCGUGCUGCUGGCUGGCCGCGGCCCCCUCGUCUGGCUUGUUCCUAACCUGCCCACCCCGCCAGGGCUACUGAGUGCCGCCCAGCUGUCGACAGCUGUGCUCGGGGUCGCGGACUCGGAAGACGCCGCGCACCACUGCCACCUGCUGCAGGUGCCGACCAUCCACGUCCACGGGCUAAGCGAUCCCGGGCUCGAGCUGCACCGGCGCAUGCUCAAGCGGUACUGCCAUCCCGACUCGGUAACGCUGGUCGAGUGGCAUGGCGAGCACCGCGUGCCCAUCAGGUCGGGGGAUGUGGAGUUGAUGGUGCAGCAGAUCUAUCGCGUCGCGAGGGAGGCAGUCGUGCCGGGUCGCUGUGAGCAGGCAGACAGGGUUGUAAAACAUGUCGAACUUUGGCCCGUGUUUAGGGGCGUCAGUUGUCUAGUGGCGAGCUCUUUAGGGGAAUAAUAAUCAUCAGGAACGAGGCACUGCAGGAGCGAGCUGAAGCGUGAGGAAGGCAUCCAUCCCAUCCGUAAGGGAUCAACGGGCCAUACAUGGACACACGGUUUUGAUUGUGACGGGACUGAAGCAAAGACUGGGGAAAACUCCCUGCAGA